AAUUAUAUAAUAAAAAUGUACAACAGGCGAUCGAAAGAAGCAAACUACUCCAAGCCAAACCAAGUUUGAUCCAUAAUGCCGGAUUCCUUAGAUACGACUCGGUUUCGCAUUGACGAGCAAAUAAAUGUUUUCUCCGUAUUCGAGACGGACAAUGCACGCCAUCUGACAUUCGUCUCUCGUCUGCGAACAGCGAGUGCCUGACAUAUUUUCUUUCGAAAUACAAUGUUUCCAUAAAUUUUUUCGUCAAUAGAUAUCACGUUAGUUUUAUCAAUGUAAAAACGAUCAUCAGAAAACAUUUAACCUUACAAAUGCUCAAAAAUUAAGUCAGACCUUCAUUCGUGAAAAAAUACUUUGGUUAAGAAAAUAAAAAAAUAGGAAAAACGAGAAAAAAAACGAUGUAUUCGAAUUUAUCAAAAAGUGCCGAAUUUGAGAGACAAUACGAGACGCUGGCGACGAAUUCCCCAACGAUUUCCCAAGACAGUCCGAGAUUCAAUAAAAACGUUAUACAAAAAAGCCUCGUCGAUAUUUACAUGCAGAAUAAAAUGACUGAUCGACCACAACCGAGCACGAUGAGCGACAAAUGCCCGGAACUCACUGUAAGAACUUUCUUCGAGUUUAUGCGAACAGCUUAUCAGGUGAACGACAGUUUCGAAGAUUUAGCGAGUAUUCUCACAGCGAAUAGCGAAAUCGAUUGGACGGAGUUGGCAAAAAUAGACUUGAAUCUUCAACCCAAUAACGGAUUGGAAAAAAAAGAUGAUGAGGCGACAGUUUCAAACCGCCAAGACAAGGGAACUGGAACGAACGAAGAAAAAAUUUGUUUUUUUCCGAGAAGCAUCUCCAACGUAGAAAACAAUGCCAAUCAAAACAAUUGUCCUCGUGAAUCACGGGAAAAUUCAUCGCCGAAAAAAUCGCAAACACCGCUGUCGGGAAUUGAGGGAAAACCUCAAACUACGGACCCGCUCGAUCUUGACGAGCCAAAAACUCCGGUUACGAAUCCUUGCAAUCCUCAGGAAACGCAGUCGCCUCUGAAAAAAUGUAAAAGUUUGAAUCUUGAAAAUCAUAACGAAAUAAAAGAGCACCCUUUGGGUAAAUGCAUGAAAAAAAAUUUGAGCGAUAUACUCCACGAGGGCUUGUUAGAUUCGGUGCUCCCUUACAUGCUCCCGAAGCCUGCUCAUUCUCAACCGAUUAUUAAGAAGCCUAUGACCUCUGCCGAACCCAAGAAAAGUGCUUCGCUGGGAUCUCAUGUCGAAGGAAAAGGGCCUAACGCAGUCUCGGCGACUCGUGACAGAGAUAAAAGUAAACAACAAAAAAAAUCAGCUGAAAGCGAAGUGGAAAUUCACGUGUGCGACGAAGCAAAGAAUUUGAAAAAAGAUUUUCGGUGUCCACAAAAAUUGUUAAUAUCGAAAAUGCGUUAUUUCGCGGAUGUAACGGCUGGACAAAAGCUCGACGAGAUGGACAUUUCGGUACAUUGCGAUAUAGUUAUAUUCGACUGGUUAAUGAGAUGGGUGAAGAAAGAUAUAAUAAAGAAAUCGGAAUGGCCGAUAUUGGAAGCGAGCAACGUCAUACCGAUAAUGGUAUCGGCGUCGUUCCUGCAAAUGGAGCCGUUGUUGGAACAUUGUCUCGUUUUUUGUCACGAAAAUAUGUCUGAAGUACUAAAAACUUCGACGAUUCUGACGUGUCUGAACGACAACCUUUUCACACGGCUGGCUGAUUUAUUCACGAAUUCUGAAGUCGAGUUGCUGAAAGACAGAAAGGACAAAAUUCAGAGUCGAUUGUUUUGCAAACUCAUAGUAUCCUUAGUUGAUCUAACGCCUAACAAUGCGAGGGGACACUACAGCUCCUUGGCCACUCUGUUUAAGUGUGGUAAAUGCGGAAAAAUUGUUAUUCGUUCGAUAUCCGAUUCGGUAGCUUGUAUUCCGAGCUCUAUGAGACUCGAUACUAGAGGCAACGUUCACAGCAAGCACACACGAGAUUUAAACUGGACGUUGAAUGAUUAUAUUGUCACUUUACGCUCGGAAUUAAGGUCGUGGCGGAAAGUUUAUUGGCGACUUUGGGGAGAUUGCCAUUACAUCUACUGUCGUGAGUGCGAGACCUAUUUUCCUAUCAAUCAAAUGGAUUGGUGCUCUUACCAUUCCGAAGUUCCUCAAUUCUUUGCCAACGAACAGCAGAGAACUUCACCUUUUCCACUUGGAAGGUAUCCUUGCUGCAGUCAACGAGCUUAUCGCUUCGAAACUCUACCGAAUAAACAGGGCUGCAGAUUCAAGGAACACAUUCCCGGCACCGUGUCCGGUUACGAGGCUGAUAUUUUGACGAUUUUUUCCACGUAUAGAGAUGUCAUUUCCAUCGAUCCACCCCAAUUAUUCUUUCCGGAAAACAUUACAAGACUUGUCGCUCGAGAUCCGAGCCUCCAGCCCGGAAAACUCUGUUGCAAAGAAACCAUGUGGUGGGAUGGCAUCGAACUCGUUCCUCCCAGACCUAAACUUGGCCUCUUGGGUAAAAUUUGGGGUGGUUCCGGAGUUCGCCGCCCUUGUCAACCUUCGGAUAGUCAGAGAUCAUCACGUAAAUUGCGUCCACAAGGGUCACAAUUGACCGAUCCUUCGUCAGCGUGUUCUUCGGCAACAGAAAGCGACGAUGACGACGGCGCAACCGGAUGUGGAGAGAGUACCGUUGACGAAGACUCCGAAAACAGUGAAGAAUCUCACGUCUGGCCAAAUUCCAAAAGAACGAACAAGUUCAAAAAGAAUUCCCGAUUCUACGCACCAAAAAGAUCGGAUGGUGGACGAUGUUGGAGCGCAACUUUGCUGGCACGAUACAACCAGGAUAAUCAGAGAGAUUACGAGGAAAAAGCGAGCGCUCAGAUGAUAGCUUUACUCACGAAAAGAACAGCGAUUGAGAGUAGUCUCUUCCCCAAAAGUAUAAAACAGCAAUCGCAGAAUUGGAACAAUCAGUCAAUCGGUGGAACGUACGUUCGAUUAGAAGCUGAAUUUCGCGACCAAUCGACGCAGUCUCACAAAUGCAAAAACUCGACACACGUUAAAGGCUCAGGCCGCGCUCGUUCAUCAAGAAUCACAUAAGUUGAAUCUCGUAUCGUUUCUUUAAUAAAUUAUACACACAAAAAAGAGUAUUGUUACGUUGACUUAAAAAAUAGAAAAUUGUACUUGGUUUUAAAUUAGCAACGAAGAAUAAUACUAUCAAAUAAAUACA